AUGGGGGCCGAGCAAUCCUCCAACCGAUCUGCCAAUGGCCAAAGUGCCAACACGGUUGUGAGAAAGACAUGCUACUAUGAGCUUAUGGGAAUCGAGCGUACGGCGACCGAGGAUGAGAUCCGCAAAGCAUACAAGCGCAAGGCCCUUGAGCUACACCCAGACCGAAACUUCAACGACGUCGAGAAUGCAACUCGGAAAUUCGCCGAGGUCCAGACCGCAUACGAAAUCCUCUCAGACCCCCAGGAGCGCGCCUGGUACGACUCACACCGGGAUGCCAUUCUCAGCGGCGACCCGGACGGCGCCGGCGCCGGCGAUGGGGCCGCCCCGAGCCAGUAUAACAACAUCCGCAUCACCACCGCCGAAGAGAUCUACUCCCUCAUGGGCCGUUUCAACUCCAACGUCCCCAUGAACGACAGCCCCAACGGCUUCUUCGCCAUCCUCGACGAGUUCUUUGGCCACCUGGCCGACGAGGAGGCCGCCGCCUGCGAGUGGGACGGCCUCGAGCCGCCCGAGUACCCGCCCUUUGGCUCAUCCACCGACGACUACGACGCCGUGGCCCGCCCCUUCUACAACGCCUGGUCCUCGUUCGCCACCCGCAAGUCCUUCAGCUGGCGUGACAAGUACCGGCUCUCGGACGCGCCGGACCGCCGUGUGCGCCGGCUGAUGGAGAAGGAGAACAAAAAGAGCCGCGACGACGGCAUCCGCGACUUCAACGACGCCGUGCGCUCGCUCGCCGCCUUUGUCAAGAAGCGCGACCCCCGCUACGUCCCAAACACCCAGUCCGAGGCCGAGCGCCAGCGCGUCCUGCGCGACUCGGCCGCCGCCCAGGCCGCCCGGUCCCGCGCCGCCAACCAGGAGAAGCUGGCCGCCUACGUCCUGCCCGACUGGGCCCAGGCGCGCAACGAGAACGAGGCCGACCCGCACGAGGGUGAGUUCUCCGACUCGGAGGACGAAUCCGAGGUCGAGGAGAUUGAGUGCGUCGUGUGCGCAAAGACCUUCAAGAGCGAGAAGCAGUUCGAGGCCCACGAGAAGAGCAAGAAGCACCAAAAGGCCGUCCAGCAGCUGCGUCGGCAGAUGAAGAGGGAGAACCUCGACCUCGACCUCGAUGAGGAUGAUACUGCUGCCGAGGUCCCUGCUGCUUCGGGCGCCAAUUUCGUGCCGGCCCCGGGGAAGGAUCUUGGGGAGUCGGCAAAGAAGGGCGACCCGUCAAGUCAAACUACCCAGGGCAGCAAAGACGCACCAGAAACGACUGCAAAGCCGAGCAGAGAGGGGUCUGAUGAGAGUUCAUCCCAGGCAGAUUCUCUGGACGACGAGUAUGCUUCGAGGGACGAGGUCGAGAACCGAAUCACAGGAGCUGCUGGAGGGUCAAAAGCCCCGCUCAACGCCAACAAAGUUGAUGAUGUAGAGGCCACGAGCGCUGUCGAACAACUCACCCUUGAUGACACCCCGGGUGCGAAGAAAGUGGGCAAAGCUAGGCAAAAGAGGGAAAAGAAGGCAGCUCGACAAGCAGCCCUGGAAGAGCAAGGAGCAUCUCAUGCGUGCAACAUAUGCAGAGCGACUUUUCCCUCUAGGACCAAGAUGUUUGCUCAUAUAGAAGAAGAGCACUCGGCACCGAAGCAUAGCAAGGGCAAAAAGUCCAAGAGGUGA